AUGACUGAUACAGAUGAAUCCAGGGCUUCUGGCUCUGGUUGUCCCGUUGCCCAAGACCUAAUCCGCAGUCAGCAGAAAGAGACAUAUGUGGUACAUAUAGGUGAAAGAUCUGCACGAAUGGAGCAUUUACGUUCAAGGCAGAAGAAUGCUGCUUCUGAGGAGUCUUCAGAUGAGCUUACUGGUGUAUGUAAAUCUUCGUUUGCUGCAGCUGAGAUUGUACUGGACAGCAGUGAUUCAGAAAUUGAUCCUUGUACUGCUCAUGGCAGUGACUACCAUCCUAAGUGCUCCAGUGCACCUUCAAAGCAAAAAAGGAGAGAGAGAUUUUCAAGACAACACGCUGAAUCUGUUUCAGGAGUGCCCGACAGAGAAAGCUCUUCAGAUUCUUCUUUGUUCCCUCCAAGUCCAGUGAAAUUAUCAGAAGAUUCCGAGAAGCAGAAGUCAAAACUCAAUUUAAAAGCCAUUUUUGCCUAUCACUUCAGGGGAAGAAAGUUUAAGGCUGCUGCACACCGAAAAUUCCUGGGUAAGUCUAGGGGGGAGAAGAAGAAGGAGACGAGGAAUGAAAGCACACAGAAACCAGUGGGAAGGUCACCGCUGCCGAGACCGUCACCGCUGCCGAGACCUUCACCUCAGGAGCGAUACAGGCGGCUUCGAGACAGAGGUUUUCAGUUCCCUUUUGUUGAAAAGUAUUAUGGGAAGAAACAUAUUCCCUUAAAGAUGGUUCUUGGCUAUGAGCAAGCGGCUGCAAAGGGAUAUUUCCAGUACAUCGAGGUGCUUAAAUAUGAAGAACAUCUUAAAAAAGCUUUAAAAGCCCUUGAGGCUAGUGAAGACUUGGAACAAGAAUGUCUGACUGUACGGAAACACAAAUAUUUAGAUGAUGAAGGCCCCAUUUCGCCUAUUCAGGAGACGAAUGAUGAUGAUGACAGCUUGAAUUCUGAUAAUCAAGACAACUUUGAUGCCAGAGUAGUGGAGAACAGCUCUUUCAUUAUAAGCAGCAAAAUUCCCAGUAAGAAAAAAUCAAAGCUGGAAACAAAACAUGCGAAAUCACCUGAGGUGAUUGAAAUAGAGGAGGAAGAUGACUCUGCCACUGAGAGCUCUGGGCUUCUGCAAGCUUCACCUCAGUGA